AAAAAAACCAAUAUGUGCAAAAAUAGAUAUAUGAUAACCAUAAAAUUAUAAGAACACACUCUCUAUGAGUAAAUGAGCUCAGAACUGAAAAGUGAACUAACUUCGAUCAGAAUAAGCUUAUUUAAAGUUAAUCUAUAUACUUUUGGAGCUAAUAACACAACAAAAGCCGAAAUUAAACAAGAACGUGUAGAAUUCACUCCUUUUUCAUAGUUCGCCCAAUAGCUUCCACUAUUUCAGCAGCAGGAGAAUGGUGAAAGUGACGAAGUGAAAGUGCACUGAAGACGUCUAACGAUUAUUUCACUAUCAGGAAGCAGAGGAAAAAUAGCUCGAAAACAGAACAUUAGAAAUUGGAAGACGCACAAGGUCAUUCAACGGCGGCUAUUUUCUAAUAUGUUUAAGCUCAGCUAUAUUUUGUUCUCUGUAUGUCUAGGGUAUUUUCUUUUCACUUCCUGGUCAAUGUAUGAGAUAUUUUACCCCAAAAAUUGUAAAGGAUCUGUAGGAUGCCUGCAACCAGCAUGGAAUUCAGACGACUUAUUUAAGAUACAUUUAGAUUCUGUAAAAGACAAUCACAUCGAAAACAUAGUAAAAACCGAUGUCUUUCAAAUCGGAGAUGGAGUUGUGACAAAAUUCAAUUACACAUUUUCAAGGAGUCUGGGCGACAAGGCAUCCUCGCUCGUCCGUGUACAGUUCGUAACAAGUGACGGUGUGGUUGUUCGGAGUGAAAAAGUAAACUUAGUGACUUACAAGGAACCUACUCGUACUGCUUUGAACCUGCUGACAAAUAAUGGAUCACACGGCAAUUCAAGUAAUGAUCAAAACCAGCUUGUACCGUUUUGGUUAUCAACGUUACGCGUUUAUAUACUCAAUAGUGCUGUGAACUUCAGCCGGUAUAAUAUACCUGUAGAAAUUGCCCGGCGAAUCCAUUUAAGUUCAAAAGGAUAUUUGCCAGUGAUAUAUGUUAAUCCAAAUUUUCAAACUUCAAGCGAUUGGAUAGAAUUGAAGCAGUCGCCUGAGAAUCAUCAGUUGGAAAUGGUCUUGUCUGCUGAGCCAACUUCAUUCGGCAGUAUCCGUUUGCGGUGUAUGUUAGAAAAUGUAGCUGACCAGUUGCGCUCCUACGGACUAAACGAAAAGGAUAUCAAUGACGUACGUGGCAUAUUUCUGGACACGAAUUUCUAUCUUCUAAUAACCACAAUAUUUGUUUCAGUUUUUCAUCUGUUAUUCAACUUCUUGGCUUUCAAGAAUGAUAUUUCAUUUUGGCGACAUGCAGAUAACACAGUUGGUUUGUCUAUACGAACAGUUGUAUGGAGGUUUUUCAGCUCCCUAAUUAUUUUUCUACAUUUAUGGGAGGAGAAAAGCAGUCUGUUGGUUUCUGUUCCAAUGGGCAUAUCUACAAUUAUUGAAUUGUGGAAAUUAGGACGUAUGACAAAGUUGUCGAUUAGUUUUCGUAAAGGUAUCCAGUGGGGUGAACGAUCGAAAGCUGAAAAAGCAACUGAUCAACUGGAUGCAGAGUUUAUGCGUUGGCUAAUGUAUAUUAUGCUACCGCUUUGUAUUGGUGGCUCAAUCUACUCCUUAGUGUAUUUACCACAUCGCAGCUGGUACUCUUGGUGUUUAGAAACUAUGGUUAACGGUGUCUACGCCUUCGGUUUAUUGUUGAUGACACCACAACUCUUUCUAAACUAUCGUUUAAAGUCUGUAGCACAUUUACCAUGGAAGGCGAUGACUUACAAAGCAUUCAAUACAUUUAUUGACGACUUCUUCGCAUUUAUUAUUGUUAUGCCGACGUCACAUCGGAUCGCUUGUUUACGAGAUGAUUUGAUAUUUCUCAUCUACCUAUAUCAACGAUGGUUAUAUCCUGUAGACAAAUCACGUGUAAAUGAAUUCGGUCAAGCAGGUGAUGGAGAUGGUCCUUCUACUGCCUCCAGUCCUGUUAAGGCUAAGAAAACGCAGUAAUUAACUUAUGGCUGGGAAGUGCGGGAUUGAUUGCAAGGUUUUUGCUGUUUUUAAUUGUAUAAAUUAUUGUUCGUUAAAAAUAAAAAAUAAUACUUGUAUAAAAGGUGUAAUGAUAUUGAAAAAUCAAUAAUUCCAGAGUUUCAUUCCGUGAACUAGUCUGAACUCUCUACUUCUCUUGUUCAAGGCCGUUUUCUUUUCCUUGUUUUUUUUUGUAAUUUCGAUUAUUUUGUUCCAAUUUCUUGUUAUUUAUUCUUUCGUUUAAACUUUCUUUGCCAGUUGUUACUUGUAAAAUUCUAUAAUAUAUUUUGGU